UUAAGACUCACUUACUCACACUCUGUUUAUUUCACUGUUUUCCUCUCAAACACAUGGAUUAUCAUCACCUUCUGCUGCUGUGGACCUGCAGUUUCCUGCCAGAUCUUCAGCUCUGUUUCAACUUUGACACAAAGAACUUCAAGAUCUUCGCUGGUUCUAAAGAAACUCAGUUUGGGUACACGGUUCAGCAGCACGAGGCAGGAGGACACCAGUGGUUGCUGGUUGGAGCUCCCUUUGAGUCCACAGGGAAGAAGCAGACUGGCGAUGUGUACAGAUGCCCGCUGGAUAGCCCAGACUCUGCAAACUGCACCCGACUCAACCUGGGGAGACUCACUCUGAACAAUGUGUCUGAGAGGAAGGACAAGAUGAGGCUGGGAAUGACGCUGACGUCCAACCCCAAAGACAGCAGCUUUGUGACCUGUGGUCCACUCUGGUCUCACGAAUGUGGAAGUUCCCUGUACAGCACUGGAAUCUGCACUAGAGUCGGACGAAACUUCAGACUGUCCAACACCAUCGCACCCGCCCUGCAGAGGUGCGAGACAUUCAUGGAUAUUGUGAUUGUUCUGGAUGGCUCUAACUCCAUUUACCCCUGGUAUGAAGUUCAAGACUUCCUCAUAAACAUCCUGCACAAAUUCUACAUUGGCCCAGGUCAGACACAGGUCGGAGUGAUUCAGUAUGGCUCCUCAGUGGUCCAUGAGUUCAAGUUGGAUGAUUACCAGUCAGUGGAGGAAGUGGUGAACGCUGCCAGGAAAAUCAACCAAAGAGGUGGAGAGGAAACGAGAACUGCAUUGGGCAUCAACAUAGCCCGAUCUGAGGCGUUCCAGCGUGGCGGCCGACCAGGAGCCCAGAAGGUGAUGAUUGUGAUUACAGACGGUGAAUCUCAUGACAGUCCUCACCUGGUGCAGGCUGUCACAGACAGUGAGAGAGACAACAUCACCAUGUACGCCAUCGCUGUUCUGGGUUAUUACAACCGUCGGGGAAUCAACCCUGAAGCCUUUUUGAAGGAAAUCAAGUUCAUUGCUAGUGACCCUGAUGAGAAGCACUUCUUCAACGUGACAGAUGAGUCUGCAUUGAAGGACAUUGUGGAUGCACUGGGAGAAAGGAUUUUCUCUCUGGAAGGAACCAGCAGUCAGGGUCGAGGGUUCAGUCUGCAGAUGGCUCAGGCCGGCUUCUCCUCACAUUUAGUCAAAGAUGGUGUUCUCCUUGGAGCAGUGGGGGCCUAUGACUGGAAUGGUGCCGUGCUAAAAGAAAGCAAACAUGGGAAAGUUGUUCCACCAAAAUCAUCCUACGGGGACGAAUUUCCUGAGGCGCUCAAGAACCACGCAGCCUAUCUGGGUUACUCGGUGGGUUCACUCAUUUCAUCCCGCGGCUCUCAGCUUUAUGUGGCUGGAGCUCCAAGAUUCAACCACACUGGCAAGGUGAUCAUUUUCACCCUAAAGAACAGUGGAGACCUGACCAUCUGGCAGUCACUGCUGGGAGAGCAGAUUGGGUCAUAUUUUGGCAGUGAGUUGUUAUCAGUGGACAUCGACAGUGAUGGACAGACUGAUGUCCUCCUGGUGGCAGCACCCAUGUAUUACUGCCAUGGCUGGGAGAGAGGCAAGGUUUACAUCUACUCUGUUGCACCACAGACGUCAUUGGUCUUGCAGGGGGUGCUGGAGGUGUCUGACCACUCUCAAAACUCCCGUCUGGGCUCAGCAUUGGCUCAGAUACCUGACAUGAAUGGAGAUCGGUUUAAGGAGCUUGUUGUGGGAGCACCGCUGGAGGACAACCAUCAGGGGGCAGUUUAUGUCUUCCAUGGCCAGGGCAAAACCAUCCAGCUGCAGUACAGACAGCGUCUGUCUGCGGCUGGUUUUUCUGCAGGUCUGCAGUAUUUUGGCCGUAGCCUUCAUGGCAUCCUGGACAUCAAUGCAGAUGGGCUUGUCGACCUCGCAGUGGGAGCACUGGGCGCUGCUGUCAUCAUUUGGUCUCGUGGUGUGGUGCAGAUUCAGGCCAAACUAACUUUUGAACCUGAGAAGGUCAAUAUCUUUAACAAGGAUUGUCAGCGAGGAGGAAAAGAGGUCACCUGCAUGUCUGUCACCAUCUGCCUGAGUCUGGACUUUAGGACAAAGACCAGGAAGAACACCACGAAAGAUGUUGCGGUUUGGUACAGUCUGCUGUUGGAUGAGAGGCGUUUCCCUCCCCGCGCAGUCCUAGAUGAAUUGGAUCGACAGCAGCCCAGAAGUUUGUUUCUGCAAACUGGAGGUCAGAAAUGUCAACGACUCGGCUUCUCUGUCCAGGAGACGACAGAUUAUGGGCGUCCCAUUGUCGUUGUCCUGGAGACAGGAUUGCAGAACCCAGAUGAGGGGCCGGUGCUGGACCCGGAUUGGCUGAGCACCCAAAAAACUGAGCUUCACUUCUGGAAUGGAUGUGAACAGGAAGACACCUGCGUUCCUGACCUCACCCUCCACAGUCACACUGACCUCAUGAACGUUCAGCAGUUCUGCAGUUCGAGCAAACGGGCUGCCAGCUCCCUCUGCAGCCACCAGGGUGUGCCUGAGGAACAGCCAUUUGUUGUGGAGUCUGGGCGAAGGAGGAUGGUGGUGUUUGCUCGACUAGAGAACCAAGGAGAGAAUGCAUAUGGAGCUGCCAUCCACAUCUCCACCUCCUACAACCUGAUCUUCUCCAGCCUCUUAGUGAAGGACCAAUCAGAUAUCCAGAUUGAGUGCUCCUCUGAGGACAGACUGGCCACCCAGAGAAGCUGCAACAUCAGCGCUCCGUUCAUAAAGUCGCUUUCCCAGGUAACUUUCCGUGUGGAGUUUGAGUUCAGCCACUCCAUCUUCCUGGAUCACGUACGAGUCAUCAUGAUAACUACCAGCGAGGGGGAUGAGGGAUACCCGGAUGACAACAUCAAUGACAUCUUCCUGCCUCUGAAAUACCAAACCGAGCUCCUCUUCACCAGAGACCCGAACUCUCCUCAUUUUAUAAUCAGGGCUGACUCCUCCUCCUUUUCCUCCUGGGACCAAUCAGACAGCAGCACUCCAACCUUCAACCUCUCUUAUUACAUUCAGAACCUGGGCCUCUUCUCAGUGCAGGACGUCCUGUUCAGGGCUGAUCUCUGGUCUGUGACCAUGAAAGGAAACCAGCUGGUGAACAUUACAGACUACAGCAUCGAGCAGCAGGUAGCAGGAUCCCACUGCACACUGCCUCAUCUUAGAACAAGCAGUCCUGCCACACCUGAGGACCUAACUCACCUGUCACAGCUGAACCAGAGUAACAGCCUGAGCAUGGCGGUGCAGUGCAGACUGAACCUGCCGCCCUCCCGAGAGGUGAAGGUGACGCUCAGAGGAAGCCUUCAGCUCACUGAUCUGCUCGCCGUAAACUUUAAGUCUCUGGAGCUGCUGACCGCUGCCUCGAUCCAGCUGGAAGCGUCCAGUCCCUUUUUCCUCCAGGAGGACCGACCUGUCAGACAGAUAAUGCUGGAUCUGAGGAAGGAGGAGGAUCACUCCAUCCCCAUCUGGAUUAUAGUGGGAAGCUCACUGGGAGGUUUGCUGCUGCUGGCCUUACUGGUCCUCGCUCUGUGGAAGCUCGGCUUCUUUAACAGACGGAGAAGAAAGGAGGAAGAGAAGCAGCCUGUUACCAAUGGGAGGGCAGCACAGGAGCUAUAAUGUGGCUGACAUCAUCACCACAAUAUUCUGGGGGUCUUCGUGGACCUGUGAAGUCAUAAAUUGAUGUUCAUGAUGACUUUUAACCUGAAAGACACAGAGAAAAUCUGAUGACCUCACAAGGGUCACCUGAAUGCAUCACCACCUGUCACUCAGGGACUGCGAAGCCUCACCUUAACCCAUCUUCCACCUGCUCCCUGUCACCAAGUCCACAUGAUGUGCGACUGUGCCAUGUGAGAAAAAGAAACUCUGCCCAUUGAUCCUCUCCACAGACUGUAUGUAAAAGAUGGAGCCCCAUUUUUGAAGCCUCAAACUGAUGGAUUUGUAAACUAAAUGUGAUGAGCGAGUGAGUGAUGGGUGGAUCUGUUAGAAAAAUAGAGGAUCCGGCAUGCUCAUAUGGUAACAACUUGUCAAUCACACAAUAAAUCCUCCCCCACUUUCUACUCCUUUUCCUGAUUGGACCAUAAUUUCCAAAAUGAACAUAAUUUCAGAGUACCUGAAAGCAGCAACUGAGACCAUCAGGAAAGAGUUUAAUGAGCUCAGAGAUCAGGUGGGCAGGAAGCUCAUUUUCUCAGAGACUUCUAUACAAUCAGAUCUUAGAUGAGUCGGCCCCUGCUGGUCAUUACAAAUAUUUAGAUUUAAGGUUCUUCAGCAUUGGCUACUUCCAACUUUUAUGCAAAAACUACACAGGUGACACCAGAGGCCUCAUGAUGAAGCAAAGCUGAGGAGGCUUUAAUGUUAACAAUGGUGAGUGAUGGAAUCAACAUUUAAAGAUGAUUCAGUCUGUAAAUAAAACAGUUCAAAUCAAACCGACUCACCAUGUUUGGAUCGAGCGGAAACUGAUGGGGCAGAAAGAAAACAAGGCAAAACUACCUAACAUUUGGCUGAGUUUAUCCUUUUUAAAACUGUAAAUACAUCUUAUUAAGUCUUUGUAUUGUAGCUGAUGCACUUUUGUUUUAUAAAGUCAAACUUGAACUUCUGUAAAUAUUCACACGUAUGAUGAAUGAGGACAGAGGUGUUACUGUCUCAUAAGUUUCUGGACUGCCGCUCCGCCUGUCGUGUUACUCUUGGAAUAAAGAUGAGAAAUGUAAAGGGUGUGUGUCACGUCAUUCCUAAAAGCCAUGUUUGGUCAUGUUUACACUAUUUUGCCCAAAGGAUUCGCUCGUCUGCCUUCACAUGCUUGUGAACUUGAGUGACAUCCCAUUUUUAACCUCCUGAGACCCUG